AUGACUUCAUCGGAAUCAGUCUCCAUCAUGUUUCUGUUGUGUGUCAUUGAAGCAGCUGCUCCUCCCACCACGAAAUGCAAACUUUACACUCCGACACCAGAAGACGCAAUAAAGGGAUCCCUUGCUACGUGGUCGUGCGACAUUUCCGAGAGAGAAGUUAUAGAAAUAAAAAGUCGUGAAGAAAACAGUGAAGGAAAUUCUACAAAGAUAGUAAACGGAGAGGAAACUAAAGAAAAGAAAGCCGAAAAAGAAGCGGACAGGAAGACAGAAGUUAGCAAUGGUUCAGAUAGUAGCACGAAGAACAAUAAAACACCUGCUCAAAAUCUGAAACCGGUCGAAGAUGGGAAGACUUCUAAAAUUGUUGCUUUGCCGGUAACGAGGCCAAAGAGAAGCCCGUGCAAUGGUCGUUCAAAGAAAAACUGUAAAGGCAAGCGACGACCGAAGAACUCAAAGAAGCGAAACAGUAGACGUAGAAGAGCAGCUAAGGCACAAAGGAAACGCCGACACUAA